AUGAAAGAGGACACUUUGCUCCGAAAGCUUGUGGCCGACGGCGAAGGAGUUGGCGAUGAUCGUAAAGUUCAGCAAAUUGCCACGUUUUUCCGUGAAAGUAGAAAGGAGGAUGCGAAGACUUCUGUUCCCGAAGCAGUGAAGGUUACCAAAGCUCUCGAGUUUUUGGAGUUGUCGAUGUUGAAGCAGAAAAGAAUAUCCCAUAUGAACAAGAUUCAUGCAACUGAAUGCGAUCAGUUUGCAGAGGAAAUCGAUCAAUCGAUCGAAGAAAUGUACAAAAAGAUGGAGGUGGCAAAGAAUGAGUUGGCCGAUGCGAAAAUUGUAAAAAGAAACCGUCAAGAAUACCGAAAACUUGUUAAUGUACUAGAAGAAGUACCGUCUCGAGCAGAAACUACACGAAAACUGGGAGAAGUCAAAGAUGACUUGGAACGACAACACGAACGUCAGAAGGUGCUUGAGGCGAAGCUUAUGGAUCGAAGAAAUCAUCUCCAAGCAUUCAUGAUUAUACUCUCCAAUUUUCAGCGUUUUUGUGCAGAAGACGACGACGACGAUGCGGAAGUCAUGUCGAAUCCAGGAGAAGAUGACGAUGCAGCUUCAGUCACCGAAAAACAACAAGAGGAUGAUGUCCGAAAGUAGACAGACGGCCACCACCACGACACACACACGAAAAAAAAAGGAGAAAAGCGGGCGAAAAUACUUUUUCUGUCGAUAAUGAUCUCUAAUGCGAUUCACUUCUCUCACUUUCAAUGAACACUUUUCUCGAACAUUU